AUGCCGCAAUGCUGGAGCAGUGGCGAUGCUUGUCUCGCCCUGUUCGCCGGGGAUGGCCUGCACUAUCCCGCUGUGAUUGCGCGCCUCGCUUCCAGCAAGACUCACGCAUACGUCGUGUAUGCCGGAUUCGAAGACGAGAAGCCUGCCAAGGUGGCGCUGACCGACCUGCAGCCAUUCGCAUCGGCGUCGCAGCUCGUCGCAGAGGGUGAUGACCCAUCCACGACCAAGGACCAGACUGCCGCCGAGCCUGCAGAGACGACUCGUGCAAGAACCACUCAGAGUCGUCAGUCCCAAAAGCGUCGCGCGGCCACCAUCAACGGCUACCUCCGCCCGUAUCAGCGCGACGGCAUUCAGUUUCUAUUUGAGCGCUACCGUCGAGGCCAAGGCGCCAUUCUCGGGGACGACAUGGGACUCGGCAAGACAAUCCAGGUCAUUGGGUUUGUUUCUGCGCUCCUGGGCAUGACGGGCUUAAAGCGAAUCGACGCGUUUCGCAGCCUGCACGCCAAACUCAAAAACUCAAUCCCGGCCGACCUGGCGCCGCCUGCGCCGCACGACUCGGAGCCCGACCCGACUUCGUCAUCACACAUGCCGCCAGAGUACGUGCCUUACAAUCCAACGACAGAGGAGCCGUGUUUCAACGAGCUGCUGGACGAGAGCAAGAAAGGCCCCGUCCUGAUCAUUUGUCCCAAAGCCGUGCUUUUCAACUGGAAGGCCGAGUUUGAAGCGUGGAGUUACUGCAAGACAGCUGUGUGCUAUGGCGGCACCACGCGCGAGACGGCGAUUGCGGAUGCGCGGGCGCGGGCCGUGGACGUGGUGAUUACGACCUACAACAUUUGCCAAAACCUGGGCGAGGAAAUGGAUGCUGUGCCGUGGCGCUGUGCCAUCUUUGACGAGGUCCAGAAGCUCAAAAACCCCGACGCAGCCCUCUCCAUGGCGCUCAAUCGCCUCAAAGUCCGACCACGAUUUGGCCUCACCGGCACCGCCGUGCAAAACCGCCUCGACGAGUAUUGGGCGCUGCUGGACUUUAUCAACAAGGGAUCGUUCGGCAGCCUGGACCAAUUCCGCCGUCUCUACGACCGUCCAAUCAAGGUUGGCCACCGACACGACGCCACCAUGCUCGAGCUUGCCACCGGUCGCCGCGCGGUGGACAACCUGAACGCCGAAGCGAAAACAUUCUUUCUCCGCCGCACCAAGCAACUGAUCGCGCAUCAGCUUCCAAGCAAGACCGAGCAAAUUGUCUUUUGUCACCUGACUGACUUGCAAGAGCAGGCCUACUCGCGUUUGCUCGCUAGUCCCGAGCUGGCAAAUCUGCACGAAAGCAGCCUUCCCUGUCCAUGCAACAAAGUGCCCGGAAAGCCUCGUGCCCAGUGCUGCUGGGUCGACGAUGCUGACCAUCGUGUGCGACGCGGGACCAUCUUUUGGUGCACAACCAUGCUGCAAAAGCUCUCCAAUCAUCCCGCGCUCCUCAUUCCUGACGUUUGUCUCGAGCGAGAGGCACCCAUCAGCAGUCGGCGGCAUCACACUGCAGCAGCAGCAGCCCAACCUGGACCAACCAGAGGGCGGAAAGCUGCCGCGUCUACCAGCUCGUCCAAACGGGCAAAGCGCCUCGACGAGAACGAGGACGAUGACGCCGCCGCCGCCGCCGCUGAUCAUGACGGAGGCGAGCUUGACAAUGGCGACGAGGAGGAUACCACCAACAACAACAAUGAUCCGUUCGAAGAUGAGGAGAAGGAGCUUUUUCAAAAGCUCAACGACGACGAGCACAUCCCAACCGCGAUUGCUUCCAAGCUAACACCGUAUUCCGCGAACGAAACUGCAGCAGCAAUUGAACGUGACAUGAAAGAUCAAGCGCCGUGGCUCGUAUCGGAAGUCGGCGCGUAUCUUGAUGCGUUGAACAUCCCCGCGCCCGAGCGGCAGCUGCUUGAAGCGCUCACAGCUCGUAUGCAUUUGAAAAUGAUUGAGGCCUUCCAGUUAAAUCCAUUGCACGACGAGCAUUUCCCUGACGACGCGCUGGAAAAGCGAGCGCUCAAGCGUUUUAACGUUUGGCGAGCGGUGGUUUGCUGCCAGAUUGCUUUUUCCGGCGACCCACGUUUGCUCAAAACGUUUCUGAGUAACAGUCCGCUGGCGGUGACGGAAACGGCCGACACUAGCGGCAAACUUAAAAUUCUGUUAACGCUACUGCAAUAUUACGAGGCGAACGGAGACAAGGUGCUGAUCUUUUGUUCGUCAACCCGCAUGCUGCGGAUUAUCGAGAAGAUUGUCAUGCCACGAUACAACUACCUGCUGCUGGACGGUGCAACGUCGGCCAUGCAACGGCAAGUGCUCGUCGACAAGUUUCAGCAGGACAAAUCCAAGUUUCUCUUUCUCAUCUCGACCCGCGCUGGAGGGGUGGGUCUCAAUCUGACGGCUGCGAAUGUCGUUAUUGUUUUCGAUCCGAGCUGGAACCCGGCCAGCGACAUGCAGGCUCAGGAUCGCGCCUUCCGGAUUGGCCAGCUGCGCGAUGUCGCAGUGAAUCGGCUGAUGAGUCAAGCCUCCAUCGAAGAGCAAAUCUACGGCCGGCAAGUGUACAAGCAGCACCUGGGCAACAUGGCGCUUGAGCGAGCACACGAGCGGCGCAUGUUCACGGGCAUAAUGGGCGGCUCUCGAAGCGAGCAUGGCGAUUUGUUUGGAGCUGAAAAUCUCUUUGCGUUCGAUCCCGAGGCGCGCAAGAGCUCGCACCUGCUCGCCCGCCUGAGAAUGGCACAAAGCCAGGCACUCGCCAGCGCGGCUCCUGGCGAGGAAGAUGGCGAGGAUGCAGAGGGGGAAGUUGAUGACAAGGUCAAACGAGGCGCUGCUUCUGCAGCCCAGCUCAAGCGUGGUCGGCCACAGUCGCCGUGA